CCACUGUCAUCACGGGACCCUCUACUCCCCGUACUGUAACGCUCCAGCCAUCCUCCGACUCACUCAUCCAUCUAUUGAUUCCCGAUUCAUCCAUCGACCAUCUCUCUUCUUCUCCAUCAUUUUCCUCGUAUCAGCCGUCCCUUGCUGCAGUUCAAAGCAGCUUUCCCUUGACCCUUUCUCCCCUUGUACUGUCUGCUGGCAGCAAAUAUGAAGAACAGCAUCGUUAUCGCAGCUGCGCUGCUCGGUGCCGCCAAUGCUGGCAUGCACCGCAUGAAGCUUCAAAAGGUGCCUCUAGAGGAGCAACUCAGCGCUGCCAACAUUGGUGACCACAUGCAAGCCCUCCGACACAAGUAUACCCAGAAGCCAUUAGGAGGUCCUGCCGAGGACAUCUUCAGCCACACAUCCAUCGAUGCUGGCAGUGGCCCUCACGAAGUUCCAGUCGAGAACUUCUUGAACGCACAAUACUUCAGCACCAUCGCCUUGGGCACGCCACCCCAGGAGUUCAAGGUCGUCCUUGACACUGGCAGCUCCAACCUUUGGGUCCCCGGCUCUGCUUGCGGUUCCAUCGCUUGCUACCUUCACCAAAAGUACGAUGCCUCCUCAUCAUCUACAUACAAGAAGAAUGGAUCCGAGUUCGGUAUCCGCUACGGCUCUGGCGAGGUUGCAGGCUACAUUUCCCAAGACACUUUGCAAAUUGGAGACCUCAAGAUUAAAAACCAACUCUUUGGCGAAGCCACCAGCGAGCCUGGCUUGGCUUUUGCUUUUGGUCGAUUUGAUGGAAUCUUGGGUCUCGGUUAUGACACCAUUUCCGUCAACCACAUCCCUCCACCAUUUUACAACAUGGUUGAGCAAAAGCUGAUUGAUGAGCCUGUCUUUGCCUUCUACCUGGGCAGCACCGACGAUGGUAGCGAGUCUGAGGCUACCUUUGGUGGUAUUGACAGCGACCACUACACUGGCAAGUUGAUCAAAAUUCCACUCCGCCGCAAGGCCUACUGGGAGGUCAACCUCGACUCCAUCACCUUUGGCAAGGAGACAGCCGAUCUCGACAACACUGGUGUCAUUCUCGACACUGGCACUUCGUUGAUCGCCCUCCCAUCUACUCUUGCUGAGCUUCUCAACAAGGAGAUUGGUGCCAAGAAGGGAUUCAACGGUCAAUACACUGUCGAAUGCGACAAGCGUGACUCUCUUCCAGACGUCAGCUUCACUCUCAGCGGUUACAACUUCUCCAUCACUGCCCACGACUAUAUCCUCGAGGUCCAGGGAUCCUGCAUUAGCAGUUUCAUGGGCAUGGAUUUCCCGGCUCCUACAGGUCCUCUUGCCAUUCUUGGUGACAGCUUCUUGCGCAAGUGGUACAGUGUGUAUGACCUUGGAAGCGACGCCGUUGCUUUGGGCAAAGCCAAGUAAGCGCGGAGCCUCAAAGGAAGGGAGGGAGGGUGUGAAGCAUCGUUGGAAUCGAAUUACCCUUUGCAAUUGGAAGUUGUGCCCUUACCCCUGGGCAGGAAUUCACGGAGUUUACCUGCUUCAGUCUCUAAUACUCUGUAACAACUGGUGUAACCUAGGUACGUAAAGGUAGUGAGUGGUUUCUCAGAAGAAUGAAGUAACCACUCUCUGUGGCCUCUGACUACCAUGGCGGCACUUAUAGAACAUCCGUGUGGCAGCUGUCUAUCUCUGUCAUUGUUCCCUCGGUUCUUCAAUGAUGAGUCAAAGUAUCAUUGUGGAAUGCUUCACAUCUGGCUGCUUGUCUCGUGACCACCCAUCAUUUGCCCGCAUGGAGUGACAGCUGUUGGAGACAAAGGAGCCCUUCACUAAUAAACUCAGCGAAGACCCUUUGCCAAGAUCGAAUCUAAGCAUAAAGACCAAGCCAACU